AUGGAGUCUUGGAGCCGUAUUUCUGAAGGGAAGGGGUUUGUUUCCGAUGAAACAAUUUCACACACUGAUUCAUUUUCUAGAAGUAGAAAUACUUUGAUGGGUUGGGAAUUGAAAAUCCCCUGUGCUUUUGGCAGCAAUGUUUUAGUGUCAGGCCAGCAAGCUAUUGAAAGUCAAGGUUUUGGGGAGUUGGGUUUUCCAGAAAUGAUGGGCAAACAUUUCUCAAAUAAUCCAAUUAGAGAUGUAUUGAGUGGCAAGGUUUAUGGUGAAAGAAGUACUAAUACAACAAGUAUGGCUACCCCAAUUUUAUUUUCAGGAGAAGAUGAAUCAUCUUCAAAGCUUUCAAGCUCUAUUGUGGACUCUAACAGUAGGGAUUCUUCACUCAUUGAUUUAAAACUAGGGAGGUUGGCUGAUAACAGAGAUUUCCAUGAUUCUAAAUUUUCUAAAGGACAUCCCAUAUUGUCUUCAUCCGAAUCAUCGACACCUGCAAAGCGAAUGCGGGUGUCAGGAUUGUAUUCUCAGACCGCCUACUGUCAGGUUUAUGGUUGCGACAAGGAUCUCAGCUCCUCCAAGGACUACCACAAGAGGCAUAAAGUUUGUGAGGCUCACUCGAAGACGGCCAAAGUUAUUGUGAAUGGCAGAGAACAGAGGUUUUGUCAGCAAUGUAGUAGGUUUCAUUUGCUGGCUGAGUUUGAUGAUGGUAAGCGUAGCUGUCGUAAACGCCUUGCAGGACACAAUGAGCGUCGGAGAAAGCCUCAAGUGGGGAUUCACUCUGGAAGAGCUGGCAGCAGAUUUCAGGAUAAUAUGUUGACAACUGCAUCUUUUAUCUGCCAAGAGAUACUCCCCAGUGGAAUUUUGGAUGCUGAAAAUUAUGGAACAAAUGACUGGUGCAGGCAUAUAAAAGUUGAAGAUGCAACUCAUUAUAGGCCUUUGUCAGGGGUUCCUGUUACAAAUGGGCAUCUGCCUUUGAAACCAGUCUUUCCUUCUUAUGAUAUUGGAAAACGGUAUCCCCCAUUUCAUGACAAUGGAACUAAUCCUCUAACUGGAAACAUAAUCAUUGAGAAUGGCAGUCAAUAUUCACAUGAUAUGAGAGGCCUAAAUUCUGGUUCACACUCUAUGUUUCAUGAGACCACCACAUUAGGAAGUGAAGACUUCAAUGUGUUCAACACUGCUUCAACUGUACAUGGAUUAUCGGGAAUUUCAGACUCUGGUUGUGCUCUCUCUCUUCUGUCAUCUCAGUCACAGAAAUCUUCAAACCAUUUGUCAGGAAUUCCCAUGGCUCGCCCCCCGGUCAUGCCUGUCAGCCAUACCAAUUACAGGCUGGUUCAAGGUUCUGAAAAUCUUAUUGGGGGAUGCUCACAUGCCUCCUCAAGUGGGGUGUCAAAUAAAUUCUCUUCUUUAGGAAUGAAUUCUGGAGCUGGGACUCACCUGGGUCCCAUACUUCUAUCUAAUGGCAGUGAUACUGAUGAUUUUGGAAUCUCAGAUGGGAUUUUCCAAGGAUCAGAUUUUGUGAAUGCCAAAGAUCGUCUGUCCUGCGAAGAUGGGACCACUAUCGACUUGCUUCAGCUUUCCUCACAGCUCCAACGAGUAGAGGAUCAACGGCAAUCCAUGCAGUUGAAGCAGGAAAGUGAUGCUUUCUGCUGCCUCAGAAUCACUUAA